AUGAGUUAAUAUCCGCCUACUACUAGAUCUACCAGAAGAAGCAACAUGCAAGACUAGCUCUAUAGUUCACCACCAAAGCAAUCCUAAAGAUAGGCAUAGAACAAGACAAAUAUAAAAAUUGAAGUCAAGAUUGAAAGUGAAAAUACAAGAUAAAAAAAGAAUUAUUAGAGCAAGGAUACAUAAAAAAUGCAAAUCAAGGAGGAAGAUACUCGCAGAUCAGAAAAGCUUUUAGGAAAGGGAAAGAACGUCAAAAAAGAAUCACCAUAAGUAGAAUAUAGAACUAGAACUCACGAAGUAAGAGGAAGAUCACAAGCUAAAAUUGAGGAGAAUACAUAAAAAGCUGUUAAAAGACAUACUAAAGAAAAAGCUUAAGAUCUAUCAAAAUCUAUUAAACAAGAACCUUAUUUGAAGAGACAAAAGGUAUCACCCUCGAGAUCACAUUCAAAGGGAGGAAAAUCAACAAAAAGUACUAAAUCAAGGAAUUAGCCAUGUCUCACUUAAGUCUAGACUACACGAUCUACUAGAAGGAAUCCUGCUUCAGAGAUUAUUAGUAUUGAAACAAGCCAUAUUAUAUCCAAAGCUCUGAAACAGCAUGAUAAAAAGAAAUAGGAAGCUAAGUAUUCCCAGAAGAGUUAAAAGACAACGAGAAAUGCAAAAUCAGCUUAACCUUCAACUAAGUAAAGUCAGAAAACUAGUAAAGCUCCUUCUAGAAGAGGAAAUGAAAAAAUCAUGGAACAGACCUUUUCAUAAAAAGCUAGAAAGGUAUACAGCUAAGCAGUUUCUAGGAAAGAUUCAGCAUCUCCUUUGAAAUCUCAAAAUACCCGCAGGAGUAUCAAGAAAGAAGCAUCUCCAGUUUCAAGUAAAAAAGCCUCCAAAAACAUAUCUGCAGAAUUCAAGAGAGUUAUGCCAAAAUCAAAAAUAAUUGAUGAGUUCGAGCUUUUUGAAUAAUAAAUGAUGGAGUUUGAACAAUAAAAUAUUAGUAAGAGAAAUAAGAAAAAGGUCAUAGCUAAAGAUGAUGAUAUUAAAAUGCUAGAAGAUGAAAUCGAUAAAUUCAAGAAUCAAUAAUAAGUUCCAGUAAAGAUUGAAUAAAUCAAACCAUAAAUUUCAGCUUAUUAGGAAAUGAGUCUUAGCCAAAUUAUUGGCACUCCAAUUAAGAAUAAACCAACUCCUACCUCAAUCUAUAAUACUGCCUAGAUAAAAAUAAUAAAAGAUAAAGAUGUGAAUGCUGGCUUUAAAAAGAAUGAAUAAUAUGCUAAAGAAGCUGAAAUCAAAAUAGAAUACCGUGAGGAAUUCAAAUAAGAAGAAGAUCAGUAAAUGAUUGAUGAAACUAUAUCACAAGCAAAUUCUAUUAAAAUUACUAUGAACUAGACACAAGCGAUUCCUGAAAAUAUAAGAUCACUUUUAACACUUAAUUUACUUUCUAAAGAAACUUUAGAGAUGGUUAGAAGAGCAUUUUCAAAUAAACCCACUCCUUCUUUGAAUACUUUCAAUCUUGGAAAUAAUCAUCGUGGCCCAUUUAAUUACUCAUACUCUCAAAAAAGGAUUAAUUCUGAUAAGCCAACACCAUGUCUAUAAUCAAAGCUCUAAGAACUAAGACAUCCAUCAAACAUUAAUGGAGGAAUUUUAGGUGGACUAAAUACAAUUAGUGAAGCAUCAUUUAUCGCUAAUAAUGGUACUGUAUCAAGAAUGGAUAAUAGUAUCUGCAAUACAGCUAGUAAACCUAAGCCUGUUAACAUGUUUGAAUUUUUCUAGCCACCUGAACUCAGUGAAACCUUUUCACCAUUCAAGGAUAAUAUAGAUAAGCCUCAAGAAGAUAGAGAAAUGGAGGAUGCUAAAUCUGAAGAUUCAGUGGAAAUCCAUGAUACAAACCUAAAUAAUCAUUAAAAUGAGGAAAAUAGAUAGAUUCAAGAAGUUAUCUAAGAUAUAAGAGAAGAAAGGAGAGAUGAUACUAGAGAAAAUUCUUUUGGUGAAGCAUCUCCUGACUGUGAUAUGCAAAAUCUAGAUUAGGAAGCUAUUGAAAAUAGUAAUGGUUUCAUUGUUAGAAACUUAGAGCAACCAGUAAUUACACCUUUAGAGGUGAAAACAAACGAAAUCUUGAAUUCACAUUCAAUGAAAGAUAAGUACUUAGAUCUAUGUGAGAUGAAUCAAAUUUCUUUGGUUCUUCCAGUUCACUACAAGAGUCUUCUCAAUCUUUUCAGCUAAAUGGAUCAAACAAUAAAUUUUCUGAGGAAUAGAAAAACUCCUUUAAGUUUUAUCAACAUUUCAAAAACAGUUGAAUAAUCAUUAAAAAGAAAAUUUACUUCACAUCACUUAUAGCAAAUACUGUUUGUUGCUCCUUAUAUGUAUAAUCAUUACUUUGAAGCCAAAUCUAGAGGAUAUGAGCUAAUGAUUGAAAUUCCAAAGAACAUUCGACAAAUUAUUGAGAAUCAGAAAAUCUAACCAACUAAUGAAGCCUUUGAUUAAUAGAUGCUCUCAGAUCUUCUAGAAAAGAGAAAGGAUCUUUUCAAGCAAGAACUUUAUAAUAUAACUUACAAGCACUACCUUGUAUCAAAGAAGUAGCACUAAGAUUUUACUUCACAUUAAGAAUAAAUUGAACUAAUUGAUCCACUGAAAGACAAUUAAUGGCCAAUCUUCUUUGAUCCACAUAGUGUAGAUGAAAUUCCUAAAGCCCCAAUGAAAGAAAUGCCAAAAACUCAUAAAUCUCAAACAAUCACUGAGUUCAUCAAUCAAACUAACGUAAAUACUCCAAUGAUUUCAACAUAGUUCGGUUUGAACAAAUCUUAACAAGAGACAAAACUUAGAAUAGAUAUUUAAAACUAAUCAUACACCAAAGAAGGACUAAAUAUGACAAGUGAGGCGGUCCAACUAAAGUAAGAUUCUCCAAUAAUUUAGAAAAAAACACCUACUUCAGCUGAUGAAAUAGAUUCUUAAAGUACUGGCUUCGCUUGUGCAAAGACUUAAAUAAGUUACAUAUAAUAGCAAGCUACAUAAUACUUAUCUCAAGAUCUGAUUCAACUAAUCAAAUAAAAAGAAGAUAUCAUCACAAAGAGAAAAUAGCGAAACCUUGAUUUGAUGAAUCUACAAGAUUUCAGUAAAAAAAUAGAGACUUAUCAAAAGUUGGCUGGAGCAAUCAAAAUCUUUUUCCUCACUAGUAAUGACGCUAAUGUACUGCCCUUCAACUAACUCUUAGAAAACUUGGAAAAUAAGAUUAAAGGUUAAUUCAAUUCAAGAGGUAAUACAUAUGCUUUAUUUAAAUAUUUUUCAUAGAGUUCUUAUUGA